AUGACCCAGAGAUCCAGCCAUUCACUCAAGAGCUUCUAUAAUGUCCCAACUCUCUCUGUCAUCAUACAUGAAUCGAAUGUUAUAAACUUUGAAGAUGGAUGUUUUUUACCUAGCAGCUGCCACGGCAGGACCUGCCUCCUGGACAACUUUCAAGAAAACUUCAGGGAAACCACAAGUUACAAAGUACCCAAUGGUGGACAGGAAUUACACACACAGGAAAGCUGUGUACAAAGUGCCUUCCUCCCCAGGGUUGUCCAAAUGAGGUGUUCUAAUUCUGGGGCAUGUGAAAGGACAGUAUGCCAAUCAAGAAGUUCCUCAGUUGUGUUGGAGUGUGUUUCUCAGCUUUGCUAGUCAGGAAGUAGCCAGCAAAUGGGUCUUGUAGUCCACAGCUGCCAACCUGUGAGCAACAUGGCAAAAUCUUGUCCACUCAAGACCAUGUCUAAGAUUUGCCAAACUCUGGACUGUGACUUUAGCCAAUGCCAAUCUCAGAACCCUGAAUCCAGUUCCUGUAGUCCUCCAGUCUACGUUGCACCAGAGCCACAACUCCUGGAAUCAUCUUCUAACACUUAUGAUCCAACUUGCUGUGUUACUGGUGGUUUGCAAUUGCCUCGUAAGUGA